GUAGAAGACUGGUAUGUGCUUUAUAAGACAAGCGCUAACGCUGAUUUCGGAGGAUCAGACGCGCUAUGCAUGAGAUACACAGUGCAGGAAUUCCAUCCGAUCGAACAAAAAGCGACCUUCAGAGUACGUUCCCUACCAAAUACCGAAAGAACUGAAACAGUGAUGUAUUAUUCACGACAAGGCGAGCAGUACAAAACAAUAAUGGAAACGUUCAAUGGACAUGACCCAGCGGCGAGGCGAGACCACGUGCUCUUUUCGGACUGCAGAAACUGCAAACUUGUUGCUUCACUUUCAACUCAAAACAGCACAGAGUGCGUCCUGUACUCGCCAGCAAGCGCCCUGUCCAGACCGAUACUGCACUGUCAUUUCCUCUACGAUCUUUUCUGCGGCACAGACCGGAAGCUCAGCGUGUCUAACGACACGUGUCUGCGGGCGUCCUCUUGACAUCAUGCUCCAAGUGCUGUCAUCAAUGCAUGCAUGCUCAUUUUCGGGGCAUAUCUAUCAUUGAUGUGCAUGCUGUAGUGCGGACAUGCAAUGUGCUAAAAUUAGUUUUCAUGCGUUCCCACAGUUUCCAUGGGCUGUAUAUGUUCUAUAUAUAUAUAUAUAUA